CCUUACGUCCUUUCUUCUUUGCUACUUCCUCUGGACGUCAUGCCAUGCCAGUGGCCUCAUGGCUCUCACUCAACACAGUGAAAGCUUCAAAGGAGAAGAGUGAGAAUCUUCAUUCACAUUUCCAACCAAGAGUUCAAAUUGAAAUGGCAGACCAAAGUAGUGAACAAAAUCAAGGCCAUACCAAACCUGAACCAAGCCAUAUUCCUUGUCAAGACACCAGUGCUUCAGAUGAAAGUGUUGACCAAACUCAAGGGCAAUACCAACCUGAAUCUAGCUCUAGUCCUUGUCAAGAUGCCAAUGGUGCAGGCAAUGAUGUUUCUUCAACCUCUGAUGCUGCUACAGAUUCAAGCAUGGGUGAAAACAUUUUAGAGCAUCAACGAGCUUUAGCUAAAUAUGUCAUAUGUCAUGAAAUGCCUUUUUGGGUAGUGGAAGGGUCUGGAUUUGAAGAGUUUUGGUAUUGUCUAAAAUCUGGAUACAGAACAGUUCCAACAGGAUUGACAAUUGCUGGGGAUUGUUUCAAUCUCUUCCGAGAAGAAUCCAAGAAACUUAAGGAAUUUUUAGAAAAAUCAUGUUCGGGUGUAUGCCUUACUGCAGAAACUUGGACAUCAAUUCAUGAUUUUAAAUAUGUGUCUCUUACAGCUCAUUUCAUUGAUGAACAUUGGAGACUUCAAAAGCGGAUGCUUAACUUUAGUAUGAUUGAAGAUCAUGAAGGUGAUACCAUAGGAAGGACGAUUAAAAAGUGUUUAUUGAAAUGGGGGAUUAAAAAGCUGUUUACAUUAACAGUAGAUGAUGCAAGAUCCAAUGUUAUAACACACUUGAAGGAAUAUUUGAAAGAUUGGAAUGGGUUAACAUGUGAUGGAGAUUAUCUGCAUGUGAGAUGUUAUGCUCAUAUUUUAAACAAGGUGGUAAAUGAUGGAUUGAUGGAUUUGAGUGACUCUAUUUCUGCUAUUCGCAAUGCUAUUCAAUAUGUCAGAUUUUCUUCUGAACGGCUUGAAACAUUCAAAAGUUCUGUUAAAAAGGAAAAAAUUGACUCAGAGAGUCUAGUGCGCUUGGAUAUUGCAUCUAGGUGGAAUUCUACUUACAUGAUGCUCGAACGCGCCAUAAAAUUUCAGAAGGUGUUUGAAAGAAUGGAAAAUGAAGACAAGGAGUACAAGACAUACUUCAAGGAAGAUAUGGAUGAAAUUGGUCCUCCUAGUACUUCUGAUUGGAGUAAGGUUUCUGCAUUUGUUCAGGUUUUAAAGGUCUUCUAUGAUAUUACUUUGAGACUCUCACGAUCAUUACAUAUGACACCAAAUGAAUGCUUUCAUGACAUCACUUUUGUUCGAGACAUGUUACAACAGAACAUUGCACAUGAAGAUCCUCUUAUUAGGGAUAUGGCUAAGAAUAUCAAAUGUAAGUAUGAUGAGCACUGGGGGAAACCAAACAACUUGAACCCCGUGUUCGCCAUACAAGUAGUGUUGGAUCCUAGGUAUAAACUUGAGUAUGUCAACUUGAUUUUUGAAAAUUUAUAUCUUGACACUGAUCUUUGUGAAGCCAUGAAGAGAAAGGUCAAAGACGCCUUGUAUCGGUUGUAUGAAGAAUAUUCUUUGUUGGUUGUUAAUGAUAAUGGUGAAUCGAGUAGAACUGAUAUCAGGGUAUCAAAUGGGCCAACUUUUGUUUAUACGAAUUUGAAGGAAAAAGUGUUGAAGAAAAUGAGAUUGGCUUGGGAUUCAAAAACAGAGUUGGAGAGGUAUCUCACAGCUGAUUUAGUUGAUGAUCAUCCUUCUUUUGAUAUCUUGAUUUGGUGGAAACAAAAUGCUGCAAAGUAUAAAGUACUUUCUUUGAUUGCGCGUGAUGUAUUAGCCGUGCCAGCAUCUUCUUCUUGUGAGUAUGCCUUUAGACCUGGCGAGCGAGUGCUUAAGGAAUACCAGAGUAAUUUACCGGCAAAGAUGGUUGAAGCUCUUUUGUGCACCAAAAGUUGGCUGACUGCCAAAAGGGUGAAAUUGAGGAAUGGUGACUUUAACAAGCAUGAGGAGCCAGAAGAAGGUGAUUCAGAUUUCAACGAUGAUGAAGUUUACCUUUUCUUUGAGUAACUUGUUUUUAUUGAGCUUCUAGAAUUAUAGUUUGUGUAAGCAUUUUGUAACUUUUACUAGGAUGUAUCUGUAUUGUCCACUCAAUCAGAACUUAUAAGAUAUAUGUUUUAAUCUUGAGAAAAUAUCACUCUAGGUCCUUGUACUUUAAUAAUGUUUUGUUUUUAAUUCAUGUAGUUUUAUUUUUAGUGUUCCUUAUCGCUUGUAUUAGAUCUACUUUAACAUUAGCCUUUCUAGUUUGAAAAAUUCCCAUAGAGACAAGGAGCAAUGAAAAUAAAUUACGGAGAUUAAAAAUAAAACACGAUUAAAGUUAAUGACUAGAGUGGUAUUUUCCCUUUAAUCUUUU